AUGGCGAACCAUAGAAUCAGUGAAGCUUCAAACCAUAACCAUAAUCAUCAUCUUCCAUAUUCGCUUCUUCAUGGCCUCAACAACAAUCCUCCACCUCCUGGAUUCAUUAACCAAGAUGGGUCGUCGAGUUUCGAUUUCGGAGAGCUAGAAGAAGCAAUUGUUCUGCAAGGUGUUAAGUAUAGGAACGACGAAGCCAAGCCACGGGGAGGAGCUACGACUCUGGAGAUGUUCCCUUCAUGGCCAAUCAGAACUCAUCAAACUCUUCCUACUGAGAGUUCCAAGUCAGGAGGAGAGAGCACCGAUUCAGGAUCGGCGAAUUUCUCCGGCAAAGCAGAAAGUCAACAGCCGGAGUCUCCAAUGAGUAGCAAACAGAAUCAUCAGCUCAUGCUUCAGCAUCAUCAUCAUAAUAACAACAUGGCAAACUCAAGUUCAACAUCUGGACUUCCCUCCACAUCUCGAACUCUAGUAACUCCAAAACCUACGGAAGAUAAGAGGAAGGCUACAACUUCAGGCAAACAUCUUGAUGCUAAGACAUUGAGACGUUUGGCCCAAAAUAGAGAAGCUGCUCGCAAAAGCCGUCUUAGGAAAAAGGCUUAUGUGCAACAGCUAGAAUCAAGCAGGAUAAAGCUUUCCCAGUUGGAGCAAGAACUUCAGCGAGCUCGUUCUCAGGGGCUGUUUAUGGGUGGCUGUGGUCCACCUGGACCUAACAUCACUUCCGGAGCUGCAAUGUUUGACAUGGAAUAUGGGAGAUGGCUAGAGGAAGAUAACCGGCACAUGUCGGAGAUCCGGACCGGUCUUCAGGCUCACUUAUCGGACAACGAUUUGAGGUUGAUCGUUGAUGGUUACAUUGCUCACUUUGAUGAGAUAUUCCGAUUAAAAGCCGUCGCUGCCAAAGCCGAUGUUUUCCACCUCAUCAUCGGAACAUGGAUGUCUCAAGCCGAACGCUGUUUCAUUUGGAUGGCCGGUUUCCGUCCAUCCGACCUCAUCAAGAUAUUGGUGUCGCAAAUGGAUCUAUUGACGGAGCAACAACUGAUGGGAAUAUAUAGCCUACAACACUCAUCGCAACAAGCAGAGGAAGCUCUCUCGCAAGGCCUCGAACAACUUCAACAGUCUCUCAUCGAUACUCUCGCCGCCUCUCCCGUCAUUGAUGGUAUGCAACAAAUGGCCGUCGCUCUCGGCAAGAUCUCUAAUCUCGAAGGUUUUAUCCGCCAGGCUGAUAACUUGAGGCAGCAGACCAUUCACCAGCUGAGGCGGAUCUUGACCGUUCGCCAAGCCGCACGGUGCUUUCUAGUCAUCGGAGAGUACUACGGACGGCUCAGAGCUCUUAGCUCUCUUUGGUUGUCUCGUCCACGAGAGUCGCUGAUAAGUGAUGAAACAUCUUGCCAAACGACAACCGAUAUGCAGAUUGUUCAGUCAUCGCGGAACCACUUCUCCAAUUUCUAA